UCCUUUCUCAUUGUUCGAUCAUAAAUUGUUGUUUUGAAACAUGCUCGUAUGUAAAAUGCUAGUYAAGUCCUUAUUUUCAAUAAUCUAACACCGAAAAUUACCUAAAGACGUAUUCAAAAAGCAUCUAGUAUCUAAAGGAAGAAUUAAUUUUAAGAAUUUGUGUGAAAGACAGCGCAAAUCAGCCCGGAGUUCGUGGUAGCACUAUUCUGACAAAGAUGAAUUCGCCAGAAUCUAACCUCAACAAUUCACUUGAAAGUCCAAAUACAAACGAAGAAGAAGAGAACGAUACUCCAUUUCAAGAAGAGAACGGCGUCCUUUUUUACGUGAACAGAGAUGGCUUUCCUAUGUCUUCAAAAAACUGGGAGAGAAUGUGGAGACAUGUUGAAAAUAUUCACCCUGAAAAACUCAGAAUGGUGCAACGAAUACGAAACAAUCCAGACCUCGAAAAGAUACCUAUGGCYAACCCUCCUCAGUUUACUCCAGUAAUGUCAAUUCCUGAUCGACUCAGACUUAUACAAGAUUACCUGCUUCAAUUACAAUAUAAUCACACAGGAACACAGUUAUUUGAGAUCAAGAAAAACAGGCCUGUCAGCGGUCUUAUGGAUGCCGCAAGAGAAAUUAUUAGGGAAUCCUUACCUAUUAAAUGUCUAGAAGCAGUCAUUGUCUCACUAUAUUUUACAAGUGGUAUACAAGAACUACAAAGAUUUACUAUUAGCUUCAAAAGCCAAUUUUCAUCAAAAACGUAUAGACACAUUGUAUUAGGUGUUGUUGCAAAUGGGAAAUAUGGUGCACUGGGACUGAGUAGAAGAGAAGACCUUAUGUAUAAACCAUUGGAAUCAAAGAGUUUAUGCGAUCUUAUAAACAAUUUCGUAUCGUCUUAUGAAAAAUAUGGCCAUAUUGUCAAGAAAAUCAAACUAAGCUUACCCAUAGUCCAYGACAUGCAUAGCUGUGAGAGAAUCCACUGGAAGUAUUUAGUGUUCAAUCCUAACAAGAUGACAAGCUCAGAUAUGAAGAAAUUAUUGGAUCGUUACUCCCGAGAACUACGACAUUCGAUUCUUUCUGUGUACGCAGGAAAACAGACGUAAAAGUUUUGACAAGACAUUUAUCAACAAAUUAAAAUUUAUAGAAUAAAUUUAAUGGUGAGUAUUGAGUCUCAUCUUUCUCACAAUUCAAUUCUUUGUUGAUUCUGUUAGUGCACUAUUUGUCUCCUCUUACUACGUCGUUUGCUGACUUACUGAGUUCAGCUCUGUUAGUCCUUAAUGGUACAAAAUCACACUUUGCAAUGYUUAACGACUCCCUGUUAGUAUAUAUUGACAUUAGGCUUCUUACUAAUUGCAAUCAUAGACUUUUAAUUGACUCUUAUGUCAAAUGAGUUGAACUUGUCAAAUGCGCAUCGUCGCCAUUUUCUAGAACAAAGCAUGAUGGGAUUGAUAGUCUUCCAUUUUUUUUUCACUGUUCACCAAGAUAAUCCUCAUGAAUCCAUGUUUGUCUGUUUUCUUUUUCCUUUACAGAAAUUGUGUGAUUUCGGGGGAUUAUWUUAGCAUACAGAAUAAAAAAGAGCGAUGAAUCAAUUUUUCAUCAUCCUUUUUUUUGCUACAAAAUGGUGUCGAUGUAAUUUGCAUCAGUAAAUCCUAAAAAUACCGCACGUCAUUCAUUUUUAUCAUUUUACUAGAAAUUCCAACUUUAAAGUUAUAACAAAUUUUCUGUUUCUUUCUCUAAUAAGUAACUAAUGGAGUUCCAUAAAAGACGAAACAUCAAUGGUUUGCAGCUUGAAGUACCUUGAAGAAGUGAACUAUAUAUAGGCAUUAUUACCUAAUAUGGCAUAAAGGAAAUUUCCAUUGUAGCCCUAAAAUGAAAUAUAAAAGUUCUGGUGACGUCUUACCAACAUCUUUUACCAAACAAGUAUAUUUACAAAAGCUUUUUUUUUACGUAAUCUGUAUCCUGUCUUAGUUUUUUAUUUUGAUCCAGUAUUAUGGAGCCAUUAGAACUAAUCCUAAAAAACUGAAAAUAUAAGAACAAAAAUGAAAUAAAAAAUGCUUGAAGCUACUUUUGAA